AUGAAUGAAUGUACUGCAGCAAAGAAAUCUACCUCGCUCGAGACUUUGGUCAUUCAGAAUAUAACAAACAUAAACGAUUUAAAAGCAAAACUUAACCAUAUUAUUGAAACCGGUAAAGAUUACGAAUACGAUGUCUCUUCGUGUUUGAAAUCAUUAUUACUGAGUGGUGACCAAGAAAUCGUACUUCUCAGCGUGCAAGCAAUAUCUGAGCUGGCUAAAUGUGAGGACAAAAGAGAGAUAUACGCUCAUAAAGAAGUGGUAGAGCCUAUAUUAAAUGUGUUGAGGAGAGAGGCAAAUUCUGACAAAAUAGACCUCCUGAAACAGUGUUGUAGAGCUUUAGGGAAUCUGUGCUGUGAUUGUGAUACAUCGAGGAAAAUUAUUCUUGAAUAUAACAGUGUUCCUAUCAUUGUAAAUGUAUUAAAACAAGCUACCGACAAAGGGAUAGAAUUUGAAGAUGUGAAGAUUUAUGCUAUAAAAAUGUUGCAGAACUUUGCUAUUGGUGGUCUAGAAUUUUCAGAGUCAAUUGUACAAGGUGGUAUAGUAGAUUUGCUACAUAAAAUAUUAUUGUUGGAACUAAACAAAGAUGAUAUGAACGAUGAUAUGGUUUUGAGUGCAUUGCUUGUUUUGAGUGUUGUUAACGAUAAUACUCCUGAGUUUCUGUUCGAUGAACAUGUAAAUAAAGCAGUGCUGGAUGUGCUGAGGAAUACGACUAAUGUAGAGAUAUCGGAGCUGUGCUUGGAACAUUUGCAUGUGCAGGGCGAACAUGAUUCAGUGAAAACAUUAAUUGCAAACGAAGGUGGUUUGCAAUUGGUUUGCACUCGAUUAGAACAGCUGAUCCAGAAGCGUGAUGCUGGUGACUUAAAUGCAGAUGACUCGGAAGUGGUUGCCAUAAUGAGGCAGGCUUGUGAUCUCAUUAUUAUUGUUUUGACUGGAGAUGAAUCAAUGCACAUACUGUAUAACAAUGGCGUCGGAGAAGUAUAUCUAACAAUGGUGAAAUGGCUAGAAUCGCCAAACUAUGAUUUGCUCACAACAGCUGUAUUGGCUAUCGGUAAUUUUGCGAGGCAAGAUGAUUAUUGCAUACAAAUGAUGGAGGACAAGAUCUAUGAUAAACUCCUAGAUUUAUUCGAAGUGUAUAACGGUUUUGGCCGGAAAAUACAAAAGGAAUCAGAUUCCAUAUGCCCUAUAGAUAUGGCAACAGUGACUAAAAUUCAACGUGCAGUAUUAUCUGCACUACGGAAUUUGUCUGUGCCUGCAGCCAACAAAAGGGUGGCGGCCGCCCAGGGCAGGGCUGCGCCGAUAUUAUUGGAUGCUCUCCCACAUGUCGAAGAUCAUCAUGUCGCCUAUAAACUUCUGGCUGCAAUACGGAUGUUGGUGGAUGGACAAGAGUGUGUGGCGCGGCAGCUGGCGUCUCGCUCGUCUGCACUGGACGCGUGCGCGCGGUGGGGGCGCGCGGGGGAGUGCGCGGGCGCCGCGGGGGAGGCGCCGCGCCUGCUCGCCUGGGCCGUGCGCCGGCUGCGGCCGCCGCCGCCCGCGCUGCUGCAGGUUGAUGGUUGUAUAGCGAGCCUGGUGAACAUGUUAGUCGCCCCUCAUUCAGUCAUGCAGAACGAGGCUAUAUUAGCACUUACGCUUCUAGCCAUAGAAUCCCUAAGCAAAUCCACUCCACCCAACGAAGAACCAACCGAGUUCGAUGCCGAAAGAAGUUUUAUUACUCAACUAAUAAAGUCCGAAAUCGGAAAACACAUCUCAGUGCUCAUAGAGACGAACUGCGCCAAAAUGCCCGUGGAAGUAGCGGAAAAUCUGCUCGCAUUUCUCGAUGUAACGUGUAAGAAAAACGAAAUCGGUUUCGAUUACAAAGAAGCGAAAGUCCACGAAUCAUUACAAAAGUUUAUGGACUCUAGAAAAGAUUUGAGUGAAGACUUACAGACCUGCAUCGCGGCUCUUGUAGUGACCAUAUCAGACAAUGGUAAGUCAAAUUAA